GUUUCGGCUCUGUUGCAGCUUCUCAGAAGCCGGCCGAGGCGCUCGGGUUCCCUGUCCCAGGCGCUGCGGGGUCAGCACAGGUGGCGACCCUGCAUCGCGGUGACAGGAGGGCCCCGGGAGGUGCGGGCUUCUCCCGUCACUGCCAGCUCGCCGUCCCCUUACCUCUUCUGGUCCCUGUCAUUUUCUCCCAGCCAAAUCUUCUCCAGGACCCUGUGGCGCGGACGAUAGACCAGCCGCGAUUGAUUCCCGGAAUCCUCAGAGGUGUCAACGGAGAAGCCCAAGAGCCGCCGGCUCCUCCUACCCGCCAAGGCUCACCAUGGGAUCAUCCCUCCACACAAGCUUCACCAUCGCCAGCCUCACCAGAGCUAGUCUAUGUGGCUGUCCGAUAUUCAACUAAGGAUCUCCGAGCUCUACCUCAGAACUUUCCUGGCCAUUUUCAGCUCAGUACUGAUUUUUGGGGGAUUUUUCGGAAGCUUAUCAUUAUUGCUACAGUCGUGGCUAUUUCGGCAUUUGCCAUUUUCUUCUGGACAACUGUUCUUGUUAUAAAACAGCCAGUUUAUCAAGUUAAUUUGCAGCAAAUUUCUGAGAAGAUCAAUAAUGUCACAAAAGAAAAUGCAGAACUUAUUCAACAAAUUUCUGUUUUGGAAGAGAAGAUCACUGAGUCAAAAAAACGUCUUCAGGAGACUAAAAGACAAAAAAAGGUGGUCUCUGAUGAAUCAAUGAAACUUAAGGCAUUUGAAAAAGGGAAAUCUACUGAAAACUUGAAAGAAGUUAUUUCAAUGAACAACUCAGGAAUUUCAGAGUCGGAAGAUGAAAAUGAUGGAGUCAAGGAUUUACAGCUGAGAGCCUUGAGGGCCAAAAUAUGGAUGCUGGAAGAAAGUAAAAAGAACCUGGAACAAAGCUGUAAUACCUUGAAGUCCAUGAAAGCAGCAAAGGAAUCUGAAAUCAAACUGAUGGAUGUGAAUAUGGAGAGUUUUCAUGAAAUCUACAAACUGAAGGUGGCAGCUGCUACAAAGAAGAUGGCAGGGAAACAAGAGUGGAUGGAAAAGGAGAUGAAGCUGUCAGAGAAAGAGGAGAAUUUGAAAUGGGCUGAAGAAGAAAUUGAGAACUAUGUGAGAAGACUGCAAGAAAUGCAGGCUCAGCAGCAGCGAGAAAAGGAGACCUUCAGACAGGAGAUUGCUGUUCAUAAACAAAAGGCUCAUGAUAUUGAGCUCAGGGCUCAAGCUCUGGAGCGGGAGUUGAUGGUGCAGAAGAGGGAGACUGCCCACUUGCAACACAGAUUGGAAAUAAUGCAGGCAGAGGAAUCCAGGAGGCAGAAGCCAGUGUCAGGGGGACCUGGCUGGGAGAACCCUCCACGGAGAGAUUCCAGAAGUUGUGCAGGUCACAUGAAGAACCAAGGCUCAUCCCCUGCUGAGGACACCAGGAAGGAACAGGUCAGCAUGGCUGCAGGAGGACCUCCUCCUUUCCCAAGACCACCCUACAUGCCCUACCACAUGGGGGGCUACAAAGAAUCCUUCAUGGGCUAUCCGCCACCUCCUCCACCCUGGUGGAUUCCAAGACCUCGGCCAGCACCUCUGUCUCCAGAAUUUGGUAGGAUGAUCUACCCUGAAUGAACUGACUUGCAAAGUGUACCGGUAUCUUUUCUCUCAUUUUUAUUCCGACAACAAAAUAUCCCUGUGAUUCUGCCGGGCUUUG